GGGCGCCGGGGUCGGGUCGCCGGCUCCGGUGGCCGACCGACGUCGAUCAGCAGCUGACUGGGAGCCACGUCGUCAGGACGGGUGGGCACCGGCGGCCUGCCGCCCAGCCGAGCCGAGCCUCGAGGCCAGCGAUGGACGGCCCCACUGCGCAGAACAUCGUGAACAUGUCGUCGGAAGUGAUUCUGGUGACCGGCGGUGCUGGCUUCGUCGGGUCACACACAGUGCUCGAGCUUCUCAACGCCAAUUGGAGCGUCGUGGUGAUCGACAAUCUCGUUAACGCUGCCAAAGGUGGCUCCAAGCCGGCCAGCCUGGAACGGGUGGAGAAGUUAACUGGCAAGAAGGUCGAGUUUCACGAGGCAAACCUCCUGGACCGAUCAGCUCUCACCAGGGUCUUCAAGCUGUACACCAUCCACACAGUCAUUCACUUCGCCGCUCUGAAGGCCGUGGGCGAGUCAGUAGAGAAACCUCUAGAAUACUACAAGAACAACAUAAACGGCACUACCACGCUGCUCGAGGUGAUGAGGGAGAAGGGCGUCAAGUCGCUGAUAUUCUCGUCGUCUGCCACUGUGUACGGCUGUCCCAAGUACCUCCCGGUCGACGAGAAACACCCCACCGGCGUGGCCAUCACGAACCCGUACGGCCGCACCAAGUACUUCGUGGAGGAGAUACUCAAGGACCUGUGCGCUGCCGAAAAGGACUGGAGCGUCACGCUGCUGCGCUACUUCAACCCGGUGGGCGCCCACGAGUCGGGGGACAUCGGCGAGGACCCGAGCGGGCCGCCCAACAACCUGAUGCCGUACGUGUCUCAGGUGGCCGUGGGCCGCCGGCCGCAGCUGCAGGUGUUUGGCGGCGACUACGACACGCCAGACGGCACAGGCGUGCGUGACUAUCUGCACGUGGUGGACCUGGCCCGUGGCCACCUGGCAGCGCUGCCCAAGGUGUCCAUACCGGGCUGCCACAUCUACAACCUUGGCACGGGCAGCGGCUACUCUGUUCUGCAGGUGAUAGACGCUUUCCAAAGAGCCUCGCGACAGAAGAUAAAAUACCAGGUGGUGGCUCGACGACCAGGCGAUGUGGCCUCUCUGUACGCCGACUGCUCGCUCGCCGAGCGCGAGCUCGGCUGGCGCGCACAGCUGUCGCUCGACGACAUGUGCGCCUCCGCCUGGCGGUGGCAGCAGAAGAACAAGUACGGCUUCUCGCCACCGUCCGAUGGUGGCGCUGAUCACUGAGGCGGCCGCCGCUGACUGACGGCCAGCGCGCGGGGCAGCCUCUCCGGGUUCGCCACCAUCAGCUAGUGAUGAGCGCUUAGAGCCGCACAACCCAUGUCGAGCAUAUCGUCGAUGACGACCUUCCGGCGGCCUCGUGGCUUACAAUGUUGAGUCACUUGAACGGUGUACAACUGAUCAUCAGUCCCGGGCUAUGGGUGGCGGAAUGCCUGUAGACACUGCACAGCGAGGACCAGUGGCCUGAAACAUGCAUAGCUAGUGUAGACAGACCGUGUGUUGCACAUGAAACCAUCCUUUAAGGCGGUUUGUAUCAAGCCACUUGUGUAUAUUCCCACAGUGCAGGGCACUACUGCGCGCGGUGCAGUGUGAAUUGUUAGAAGCUGGUAGCCCAUCCAGCCGGGAAUCGUGUAGCCCUAGUAGGGUUGAUUUGCUGCCAUGCCGACCAGUGCUGACGUUGACGUGAUCACAGCGUCGUUAUAGUUGAAGCUGUCUCUCAGUGGUAAUGGACGAGCGAGCGUUGGUGCUGCGUCGAGGCCUUAUCGUGCAACAUGCAAAUAUACCUCAACGAGGAAGUUAGUCCAACUUUGACACCGUCAAAGUAUUGUCGUGUUAAGUGCAUGGUAGGUGGUGGACGUGUGCAUAGAGUUAGGCGCGAUUUAGUGGCGAUCAAAGCGAGAAUUUCGCCAAGGUGAAUGCUCACAUGUGUUCAAGAUGCGAACGAAUAUAAAAGCGCGGUGCUGUU